AUGUUUAGACUUGUGUCUGUACUCGUGCUCGUCGGCACGUGCUGGGCAGCCAAGACUCCCGCCCGAGGCGACCAGCUCGCCGACUUUAUCAAUCAACUCAAGAAGUCGCUGCACAACGUCGAUCAGAGGAACCCGCCCUUCUAUGACGAACCCAAGCUCAAAGAGGCCACGUGCCCCAGCGUUGCGUGGGACUGCCUGACGACCGAGUUCUGGACGCGGCUCACGAUAGUCGACGUCCCGCACCAGAUCGCCAUCUCAACCAACACCCACACUGACGCCUUGCUCGCCAACAGCGGAUCACAGGACGCCGUAAUCAAGUCACAGACGUCCACGGCAGUGGCCCAGGGGACGACCACGGGAUGGACCAUUGGCGGACAGGUCAAGGUGGCCGCUCCGAAGGACGUGCUCGAGGCCGAGCUCUCGGCUUCCUACAACGACCAAUCCACCUCGAUGACGACAGAAACCAAGUCCAUCGAGUACGACGCCACGUGCCCUGCGGGAAAGACAUGCCGCAUCCAGACCGUCACCUUCCGGGCCGAGAUCCAGGCGUCCUGCAAAACCGAUGCCUACUUUGCCUGCAAAGAUGCCCUCAACAUCUGCGAGCGUCCCAGGGGCACGUUGACGUGUCAGCAGUUCGUCGACUACUACAACAGGAACUGUCUUGAUGCUCAAAGGUACCAGCCUUGCUCGGUCGACGUCCAGCUCCGACAGGACGACGGGUCGCUCCUCACCCUCGUCGUCAUCACUGAGGACAGCGCGUAG